AUUCUUAUUUUAAGUAGUUCAAAUUGAAUUUUUGAUAUCAAAAAUAAGUUGAAUAAAAGCUUAAAUGGCUGCACAUGAAAGCAGAGUGAGAUUCAAAGGAGUCUGUUCUGUAAAAUGCCAUGUGACUGAAGGUCAUAAUCAGUGAUGAUCAGUCUACCUUAAGACAGGUGGGGGGUUGGCUUAAGGUUGUUGAAUGACACCUGCCUAAUCCAAACUCUACUCACCGUUUUCCAUAUACUAAGCCUGAUCUCUGUUUUCGUCCGAGGUCCAUCAUGUCCAACAACAGGGCUUCUCAUUCCACCUCUGUGCACCAGUACAAUUAUUUGAAUGUUUUCCCAUCCGGUGGGCGUGGUUUUCAGAGUAUCUAUAGCAGUGGAAUGUGCCAUUGUGGUACAACUGGAGGAGCUGCAGCUAAAGGUGGAUCUGACUGUACAGUCAUUAGUGGUGCUACGGGGGAGGGACAUAAUGCCACCUUAACUAAACCUGGACUCAACUGAACCACAUACCUGUGCACACGACAGAGAAGUUGGAUGCUUCGAAUGUGAAGCUGACAGAGCCAAACUUCAAAAGACAGAUGAUUGCGCAGCUCGGCUUGACAGGUGAAUUAACAAUGAGAAAAAACGUCUGGCGAGUUUGUGGCCGAGUUUUCACAAAAGACUUGGCAAGCCACCUCAACUGGUGCGGCAGAAGUGACUUAAACAAGAUGGUCAUCAAGAACACAAAUGCGAGGGCACUGACUACUGGUGCGAAGGGUUACUUCACAAAUGAGCACGGCCUGCCCUGCAUAGAGAAGCUGGUGCGCUCGGCGGAUGAGGUCCCAGACCCCAUUGGCACCACUGUCGGUGGCCACAUCCCAGCCUGGAUCAGUGGCAGCUUCCUACGCAAUGGACCUGGCAAGUUUGAGUUUGGCAACAAGAGCUUUAACCACUGGUUUGACGGGAUGGCGCUCAUGCACCAGUUCAGGAUCGAGGGUGGUCAGGUGACCUACAGGAGUCGCUUUCUGCGCAGCCACUCGUACCGGGCCAACAGUGAGCAUGACCGCAUUGUGGUGUCCGAGUUCGGCACCACCUCUGUGCCGGACCCCUGCAAGAACUUUUUCCAGCGCUUCCUGUCGCGUUUUGAAAUGCUGCAAACAGAUAAUGCUAAUGUCAGCUUCACCAAAUACAAGGGAGACUUCUAUGUCAGCACAGAGACCAACUUCAUGCACAAGAUAAACCCUGAGACCCUGGAAACAAAUGAAAAGGUAGACUGGAGCAAGUUCAUUGCGGUAAAUGGGGCAACAGCUCACCCACACAAUGACCCUGAUGGCACCACGUAUAACAUGGGCAACUCCUACACCAAAAAAGGUGCAUUUUACAACAUCAUCCGUGUACCCCCGGAGAAGGCCAGUCCAGAAGACACCCUAGAGGGAGCCAAGGUGAUCUGUAACAUCCGAUCAGUGGAGAAGGGGAAACCUUCCUACUACCACAGCUUUGCAAUGUCAGAGAACUAUAUAGUGUUCAUCGAACAGCCAAUAAAAAUGGACCUGAAGAAAAUCAUAAUGGGAAAACUGUGGGGAAGAGAGAUAAGCAAAGCAGUGUACUGGGACCCCAAGCAGGACACCGUGUUCCAUGUAAUCAACAAGCACACCGGCAAGGUGAGCGCAGUCACGUACUACACCAACCCCCUGUCCACCUUCCACCAAAUUAAUGCGUUUGAGGAGGACGGUUUCCUGGUGAUGGACAUGUGCGCCACUGAUGAUGGAAAAGCCAUCAACAAUUACAACAUCCAGAACCUGCGUCAGUCAGGCGACGCUCUGGACGAGGUGUACAACACCCUAUGCAAAGUCUUCCCCCGUCGAUUCGUCCUGCCUCUCAAUGUAAAUGCUGACACCCCACUGGGCGAGAAUCUCAACACCCGCAGCAACAGCUCUGCCACCGCAAUUUGCAUAGCCAAGAAUAAGGUGUGCUGUGUCCAUGAAGAUCUCCAUGGUGAUGACCUCAAAGACCUCGGCGGGUUGGAGUUUCCGCAGAUCAAUUACACCAAGUACAACACCCGGCCGUACCGCUACUUUUACGGCUGCGGCUUCAAUCACCUGGUGGGCGACUCCCUAAUCAAGAUGGACCUGCAGGACAAAACGCUGAAGUUGUGGAAGCAUGCAGGGCUGUACCCAUCAGAACCAGUCUUUGUCCCAUCACCUGACGCCGUGGAGGAAGAUGAUGGCGUCAUUAUGUCUGUAGUCAUCACUCCCACAGUGGAAAAGAGCACCUUCCUUCUAGUUCUGGAUGCCAGGACAUUUGAGGAGUUGGGCAGAGCUGAGGUGCCAAUCAACAUCCCUUACGGCUUCCAUGGCACGUUCAACUCCACAGCAUAGGCCAGCCUCCGACCCAGGGCUGAAGAACUGUAUUCACCGGCAGCAAUGUACAGAGAACAGCAGGGCACGCUGUGCCUACAGAGUGGUGCACAGCACAGCUGGCACAAAGCCACUGCACUAUCCUGCAGCACAGCUACUCAGCGAUAUAAACCUAAUGCCUAACAGAGCUGCAACACCACACUCCACACCAGACCUGGGUCAAAUGCCUAUUUGUUUUGGAUUCAAAUACUUUUCUGUGCUCUAUUGAUCUUGCCUGGUGUAACUGAGCCUGCCAAUAUGACCAGAAUGCGAGGUUUGCAAUUUCGAGAGUAUUUAAUUAGUUCCAAUACACUAGACAAGACUAUGAAUCCAAAACAAAUAUGUAUUUUACCCAGGUCUGCUCCACACACAUUAAUGACACAGACUCGUGUUUUACCAUGGGUCCAUUGGAUUUGGCGUUUCAAACCAAACCGUUGCCAUUCAACAUUCAUGGGUUGCACUAAUUUAUGUCUAUAUAAAUCCAUCUUGUGCCUUUCAACAACAAGCAAAUUAUGUGGAAAUGAUGGUUAGGAUAUGUGAAUAAUUGUGAAGCAUUAGGCCCAGUAUGUGCAUGACUUUACAGCCUAGUCUUUUUCUUUUGAAAUAUGGCAGAACUACUACUUGUACAAACUGAACUUUUCUGUUUUCUUUUGAUCCUUGUACUGUUCAAUUUGUAUAUCAUUUCACUUAUGAUUUGUUUUGAAUUAUGACUAUUGUUGUCUUAUUUUAUCCACAAGAUCAAGUAACAUGAUGAUCACAUUUUUGAGAAAAUGAAUGAACUGAAUGAACUGAAAUGAAAUGAAAUAUACAUUUGCUCAUGCUCAUUCAUACAUUUGAGCACAUAAUCAUGUGCAACCAUGAAACAUCUCUAAUAUUAAAAAACAAAAAUUGUAAAA